UCGCGGGCAGUUGCGUGGCAGAGCCGCGCCGCCAAAACUUCUGUAGCGCGUUGUUUUUUUACUUUUCCUCUACACCACCUUCAGCGUUGAGCAUCCUCUCCAGCUUUCACAAGCAUACUGUAGCAUACACCUAGUUUUCGUCCUAUCUUCUUGUAGUUGGCUAUCCGAUUACCCCAUUGUUUUGUCUACUGCUAUACCCUGCAAAACCCACACCGACUCCGCCUAUCGCGCCGUACAGCACACCUCACUCGCUCAGUGUUGACACCCCGCCCCCCACACUCUCCCAUCUUACACACUCGCCAUGGUUCUCAUUGAGAAUCAAGAGUACCUCUGCGAAGAGGAGAAACGCCUUAAGCAGGACCGCGAGCGUACUGCCUACUGGAAAAAAUGGGGACCCUACACUGCUGAGAGGCAGUGGGCAACAGUCCGCGAAGAUUACUCCCAUGAUGGAGACGCAUGGAGCCACUUCACGCACGAUAUGGCACGAUCGCGUGCUUUCCGAUGGGGCGAGGAUGGCAUUGCUGGUGUCUCAGAUUCCCAUGGUCUGCAGAACAUUGCCUUUGCCUUCUGGAACGAGAAGGACGACUUCCUGAAGGAGCGACUAUUUGGUCUCUCGAAUCCACAGGGAAACCAUGGCGAGUCGCUGAAGGAGUGCCAUUUCCACUUGGACAACACACCAACUCAUUCAUACAUGAAGUUUCUCUACAAGCUACCUCAGCGCCCGUUCCCUUACGAAGACCUCAUCAAGACCAACGCGGAGCGUAGCAGGCUCGAGAACGAAUACAACCUUGUUGACACUGGCAUCUUCGAUGACGACCGGUACUGGGACAUUUUCAUUGAGACGGCGAAGGAGGCAGACGAUCCUGACGAGCUUCUGUUCCGAGUCACAGCAUAUAACCGUGGGCCGGACCCAGCACCUCUUCACAUCGUACCUCACGUUUGGUUCAGAAACACUUGGGCAUGGGGUCACGAGGAUCCGAAGGACAAGCCAUCUAUCCGCCAGGUUGGCCCAACGACAGCGCAAUCGAAACACCACAAGCUCGGAGAGCACUUUUUCCAGCUUUCGCCAUCUCCGGGUACAGGCUCAAGUGGCGAAGACAUUCAGCCAGAGCUUCUCUUCACAGACAACGAUACCAACUACAAGGGCCUCUGGGAUGUCCCGAACAAGACUCCGUAUGUCAAAGACGGUAUUCAUCGCCGAAUUGUGGACGAAGAACUGGAUGCUGUCAAUCCCAACCAUGUUGGCACCAAGUGCGCAGCCUGGUACGCAUUCGACGAAGAUGAGGGUGUUCAGCCAGGCGAAUGUGCUGUUGUUCGUUUCAGGUUUUCCAAGAGGAACGACGGCUACCUCGACGAAGAGCUCUUUGAUGACAUUGUUGAACAGCGCCGUGCCGAGGCGGACGAGUUCUACCACCGCAUCAGCCCUCUUCCUAUGGCAGACGAUUUGCGAAACAUUCAGCGUCAGGCGUUCUCAGGAAUGUUGUGGUGUAAACAAUACUACCACUUCAUUUGGGACCAGUGGGCUAAUGGCGACCCUGGAAUGCCUCCUCCGCCCCCAAAUCGCAAGGCAAUUCGGAAUAAAGAGUGGAAGCACAUGUACCUGGACGAUAUCUUGUCCAUGCCAGACUCUUGGGAAUACCCCUUCUUCGCAGCAUGGGACAGCGCGUUUCACUGCAUUCCUCUGGCCAUGAUCGACCCAGAUUUCGCGAAGAAGCAGCUCGACCUCUUCACUCGUGAGUGGUACAUGCAUCCCAAUGGCCAACUACCAGCGUACGAAUGGAACUUUGGCGAUGUCAACCCUCCUGUCCAUGCUUGGUCGCUUUUCAGAGUCUUCAAGAUCGAGCGAAAGAUGUACGGCCGCGAAGAUUUCGACUGUCUUGAGCGAGUCUUUCAGAAGCUGUUGCUAAACUUCACCUGGUGGGUCAACCGCAAGGACGCUGACGGCAAGAACAUCUUCGAGGGUGGUUUCCUUGGACUUGACAACAUCGGCAUCUUCAACCGAUCUGAUCCUCUGCCAACCGGAGGUGUUCUGGAACAAGCCGACAGUACUGGUUGGAUGGGUUUCUAUUGUCUGAACAUGCUCAACAUCUGUUUGGAGCUUGCGAAGCGUCGUCGUAUCUACGAAGACAUGGCCUCGAAGUUCUUUGAGCACUUCAUCAUGAUCAGUGAUGCUAUGCAAUACCGUACCGGUGGAGAGUCGAAGCCCCUUUGGAACGAGGAAGACGGCUUCUACUACGAUGCCAUCUCUUGGGGCGGCCCUCACAGCCAUCAGAUGCCUGUCCGAUCCUUGGUUGGUCUCAUCCCUCUCUACGCCACACUGACUUUGGAGCCCGAAGUCAUCAACAGAUUUCCGAACUUCAAGAAGCGAGUGGAAUGGUUCAUCAAAAACCGACCAGAAACUGCAGAACGCAAUAUUGCUUCGAUGAAGAAGCGUGGCAAAGGCAACCGCCUGCUAUUGUCACUUGUCAGCGAAGAUCGUUUGAAGCGAAUAAUGCAACGGAUGCUGGACGAGGACGAGUUUCUUGCGGACCACGGCAUCCGAUCUCUCUCUAGGUUUCACAAGGAUAAUCCAUACUCUAUGGACGUCAACGGCCAGAACUACCAAGUCACCUACCUCUCUGGUGACUCAGACAGUGGUCUUUUCGGCGGCAACAGCAACUGGCGUGGUCCCAUCUGGUUGGCGGUCAACUUCCUUUUAAUUGAGUCUUGCCAGCGCUUCCACUUGUACUACGGCAACGACUUGCAAGUGGAGUGUCCUACAGGAUCGGGAGACUUUAUGCAUCUUGGCCAUGUCGCCGAAGAGCUGCAGCAUCGUCUUCAACAUUUGUUUGCUCGCGGAGAUGACGGUAGAAGAGCCAUCAACGACGGCAACGAGAUGCUAGACUUCGAUCCAAACUGGAAGGACUACAUGUGGUACCACGAAUUCUUUGACGGUGACUCUGGACGCGGUUUGGGAGCGACUCAUCAGUGCGGUUGGACUGGUCUCAUCGCAAAGAUGAUUCAUGACACAGGCAUGACUUGUCGACUUCCGCAGACUCCUCGCACGCCAACAAGUGGUGCCGCCCACUACUUUGACGAUAUGUUCACCAUAACGGGCAAGCCGAAGAAACCCGCUCAUCUCCGUCGGUCGUCCACGAGUCGAUCGAUUGGCUUCCGAAGUGACUGGGAGACAUCGACCAAUGGCGAUGAGGACGAAGAGACCACCCCUCAUAGGCGCAAGAACUCGGUCGGCCAUAUGGACGAGGAGGCGAUCAAGCAGAAGCAGUUGGUUGAAGAGCGAUUCAACCACUACAUCAGCGGCCAGCUCGAGCGGGUCAAGACGGGCUUCCAAGAAGUUGAGGCCGACGAGUUUGAGGCUACAAUGGAUGGUCCGUCAGAGAAAAAGCCAUCCAGGGGUCGUCGCUCGAAGGCAGAUUACUUCGAGCAGGAUGAGUACUUCAGCAAGUAAUCUGGAUGCAAUAGCGGUGAUGUGAUGGCAAGAGAGAAAGUUGACGGGGGUUUGGUGGCAAAAGUGUUCGAGGGGCAGAGCCCGAAGACAUGCAUCCUAGACGUUGAGUAGGCUUAGACAAUCAUGAUAUCCUCCUUUAUUUCGAU